CCGGGAGUAGCUACUCUUGUAUUAGCCAUCCGACACCUGUCCUCCUCUAAUUGGGUUGCGGGUCUCAUCCCACUCACGGUUAGAGAGAAAGCAUCCACUAACCAAGCCAUGCAGAAAUUUUUUUUUUGGGAAAAAUCGGUUUAUGAUCUUCAUGCAAGGUCGUUUGAAUGUUCUGCAUGCAAGGCUUGAUAAUCCGCGCACAUGCAAGGCCGUGUGAACAGGGGAGUCGUUAGUGUUGUGGUUGUUAUCUAGUCAUCUAUUUAAGACAGCGGCCAGGUAGGGUAGAAGAGUAGGUUGGGAGCAGAAGCAUAUUGAACAGUUCUGCAGAAAUUAGAUGGAGCAGAAUCCUUUGGUGGUAGAUGGUAGAACCUCGUCUCCGAGUUCUGUUGCCUCUCCUUCCACGGAGGCAGAAGGUGAAACCUCAUCGAUGUGUGAUGUCGCUGAGCAGAAGCCGGUGUUAGCCGUAGGCGUGUCGUCGCCAGUGAGUUCUGGCGAGCACCACAAGCCGACGGUGGAAGAAGACAGAACCGUGUCGGCGAGUGGAGACGUGCAGCAGAUUCCGGCGGUGGUCGCCGGUGGUUCCUUGCCGGCGAGUUCUUUUGCGCAGCAGAAGAGGGAGGUGCUGGAAGACGGAAAACUGACGAAGGGAUGCGAGACUGGUUUUGUCUGUUGCAUGGCUACAGCAGACCGAAGUGAAGCGAUGAAUCGCUCUCUCCAGAAGUACAACAUCCAUUUGGAGAGAAGUCAUCCUCUUUCCACAACAAAUCGUACAAAGAGAUGCGCUUGGUGUUCGCUUCGUGAUAUUCGCGCAGCUUGCAACAUGAAUUUCAGAAGCGGUGGAGAACCCCGGUGCGACAGAAGCUGUUCCGAAAAUGUGUCGAAGGAGAACAUGUAGCCAGCCGUUUAGUGAACAGAAAAAUUGGAAUAAUAGCUUGCUUUCUGCAAGACCGUAGUUUAGUCGUUCAAACUGUCUCGUUUUGUAUGGUAAUUUCUAUGAUAGAGAAGCGAGUAUUAUUUGAUUUUAGAUUUAUGUAACUUAUGCGUGUCAGUCAGUGAAAUGAUAAUAAGAAAUUUUCCUUACUUUUUGCUA